CGCGCUGCGGGAAGCGAAUGGAGAAGGUCCAAGGAUAACAGAGGGUGCAGGGUUUUGCUACUGCAGAAGACCUGCCGGUAGUUCGCUGCCCGGGGGCGGGCGGGUGGGGUGUGGGGGAGGAGGGGGGAGGGGUGGGGGGGGGUGGGGGUGGGUUGCCUGUCUGUCAGAGGCUGUGGUGUCGCAUCCACUAUUUUCCUCAUCCAAAAUCGGCUUGCAUGGAUACAUCAUGGCUACGUUUAUGUGCAGGGUGCAGGUCUUAGAUGAUACUGAUCCAUUUAACAGCACCAACUUCCCCGAGCCCACCCGGCCACCUCAGUACACCUUCAGGGAAGAUAUUCCUCUGAUAAAUCAGAUUGCUGGAGUCCACAGGCUGCUAAAAGCCCCGCAGAAGCCUGAUGACUGUGCCCUUCAGCUGUCCCAUAAUGGAAGCUACCUGGACCUGGAGUCUACCCUGGCCGAGCAGAGAGAUGAACUGGAGGGAUUUCAGGAGGAAGGAGGGAGGGGCAAGAAACACAGCGUUAUUCUUCGAACACAGCUGUCUGUCAGAGUCCAUGCCUGCAUCGAAAAGCUCUACAACUCGACUGGACGGGAGCUACGGAGAGCCCUCUUUUCCCUCAAGCAGAUUUUUCAGGAUGACAAGGACCUGGUGCAUGAGUUUGUGGUGGAGGAAGGACUGACGUGUUUGAUAAAAGUCGGCGCUGAAGCAGACCAGAACUACCAGAAUUACAUCCUCAGGGCUCUCGGUCAGAUAAUGCUGUAUGUGGAUGGGAUGAACGGCCUCAUAUCUCACACUGAAACGGUCCAGUGGCUUUACACUCUGGUUGGAUCCAAGUUCCGUCUGGUGGUGAAGACAGCCCUAAAGCUGUUGCUGGUGUUUGUGGAGUACACCGAGUCUAACGCCGCCCUGCUCAUAAAGGCUGUGAACGUUGUGGAUGCCAAAAGAGAAACAAAACUGUGGUCAAACAUCAUGGAGAUCCUAGAUGAGAAGGAUGGAGUGGAUACAGAGCUGCUGGUGUAUGCAAUGACACUCAUCAAUAAGACUCUGGCAAGCCUCCCGGACCAGGACUCAUACUAUGACAUGGUGGACUGUCUUGAGGAGCAGGGCAUUGAAGCCAUGGCCCAGAGACACCUGAGCAGGAAAGGCUCUGACCUCGACCUUGUAGAACAGUUCAACAUCUACGAGAUGAUUCUCCGACAUGAGGACGGAGACGAUGAAACCCAGUUGCCUCCCAGCGUCCGUAAGGACCGCAGACGGGCCAGCGUUGGUGGCACCAACGAGAGGCGAGGCCUGGAGAGAAGACGCAGCCGGAGACAUUCACUCCAGAAUAGCAGAGGCCACGCUUCUGCCCCAGCAUCACCCAGCGGCCCUCAUUCUCAUGCAAGCAGCUUCCUGCCCUUCGGUGGCCAACGCAUUGAAGACAUCAGUGAGAGAGAAGAGGACGAGGAAGAAGAGGAGGAGGAGGAGGAGGAGGAGGAGGAGGAAGGAGAGGAGGAUGAGGAGGACGAGGCAGAUUAUGAAAGUCAUCCAGUCACUGAGUCCUCUAGACAGGGCGCUCACAGUGUGGCUCCAUCUGUAGCAGACACUCCUAACAUGUGUUUGAACUUAAAGUGUAUGGGCAACAUCCUCCUUAAAGCCAGUGACCAGCCAGGGCAGAGAGAAUAUCUCAGCGUCAAGACCAGGAUAUCGUCUCCUGUGUCCAUUGCACCUAAAAAGAGGACCUUUAGUCCUUGUCUGACAGAUAUAUACAACUCUCCUACAUCUUACACAACUAGAAAGCCCAGCUGGGCAGAAAGAAUCAGUGCCAAUGGCAGUCCAUACCCUGGCAGGCACAAGGCUCCUACAUCACCCAUUCAUCGCUUCACUACUUCAGCAACCUCCACACCAGACUCCAAAGCGGUUGACAGACCUGCUCUAGGAGGCUUGCUCACUUCAUCGUACCGACAGCAUCAGGAGUCUCUGGCUGCGGAGAGAGAGAGGAGACGCCUGGAAAGAGAAGAGCGUCUGCAGAGAAUCGAAAGAGAAGAGAGGAACCGUUUGAAUCGAGAUCAUGUUGACAAGAGGGAAGAAGCAAGACAAGCCAGAGAGGAAAGGUACAAGGCUGUGGAGAGGCUAGCCGCAGAGGAGUUUGAGCGAGAGCGCCCCAAGGUGCCAACAAGAGGACGGACAGAGAUCACGCUGUGUUUGAGUCCCAACCCUGCUAGCCGCUCUGCGUCCCGCUGUGCCACACCUUCGUCCAUUAUCUCACAGCAAGACACAGUCGCCACUGCACUCCAGACGUCGGGAACAGAACAUAUUUCAGAGCCAAACCUUGACCCACAGACCAGAACCAAAAGUCCAGCGCCAGACUUAACAGUAUCAGAACCUUCCCCCACACCUCCCUCUGAGCCAGACGAGCAGCAGACUGAGACAGAGUCGCCUGCAGAGACAGAGGAUGUUGCUGAGACUCAGGCCGACCAGAAUGUAGUGGCAGAGCCAGCAUCAGAUGAACAGUCCGGCGUGGAGAAGGAAGAGGGGCAAGAGCAGGAGAAGAUUGAGGAACAGAAACAGGACAUGGACAAAGUAGAUGUGGAAGAGCAGGUAGAGGAGGCAGAGGCAGCAGAUGUAGCAGGAGUGGGAGAGCCAGAUGUGGAGGUGAAUGUGAAGUUAGAGGAGGAGUUUGAGAAGGAGCAGCCAACGGAAAGGGAUGUCGAGGACGGAGUACUGCUGAGUGAGAAGGAGAGACAGAACGAGGAAGUGAAUGAAAAGGACAACUGCUCUGCAUCCAGCAUCUCCUCCACAAGUAGUACUCUGGAGAGGGAGGAGCGGGAGGAGAAACUCACCAAUGACAUUGAAGCAGGCCGAUGGACACAGUGCAUUAAAGACGCAGAUGUGAACGACCAGUGCAACAAAAUACUCAACAGCAAGCGCUUCAUGCUGGACAUGCUCUACGCUCAGGCGACAACCGGCAAGGAUGAAGGGAAUGUAGCAGAAACGGAGAAAGAAAACUGUAAAUGUGAGAAGGAUGCAGAAGUCAGUGACUCCUCUGUAGCUAGCUUGGCCAGCAGGAUCUCCACACUGGAGGCUCACAGACAGGCCAGGGAAGAAAAUGUGAAAAAAAUGGAAGUGGGUCAUCUGGACAACCAGGGCAGUGUCCGAGCAGUUGCGGAGAAGUUUGGAGAUUUGGUCAAAGGCCUAACGUCUCCUCCUGAGGUCGAGGCCUCAAAAGAGCAGCAGCAGACUGACAAAUCAUCAAUCGCUGCCUCAUCAACCUUAACCCCUAAGAAAGAGUCCGACUAUAUCUGGGAUCAGCUGAUGGCCGAACCUAGGGAGCUGAGGAUCAAAGAAAUCGACUUCACGGACUUGAGGGAUGAGGAUGACAUGGACAUUUUAGAUAUGGACAGUGUACUGGGGUCAGGUGACCUCAUACCACCACCUCCACCUCUGCCAUGUAAUGCUGCACUGCCACCACCCCCGCCGCUGUUUGGGUGCCCUCCUCCUCCUCCUCCCAUCCUUGGCAAAAUGAUGCCCCCAGCCCCACCAUUCAUGGCCCCUAUCCCUCCGCCCUCCCCUCAGCUGAGUCGAGGGGAGAUGCCUCUCUUCCAAAAGAAAAAGAAGACCAUCCGACUCUUCUGGAAUGAAGUGCGUCCCGUGGACUGGCAUUGUAACAGUCAUAAGUUCUGUAAGGAGUCUCUCUGGUCCAAACUGGAGCCAGUUAAACUGGACACAUCCAAGCUAGAGCAGCUGUUUGAGUCCAAAUCCAAGGAGCUGCCUGUCACAAAGAAAGCAGCUGUUGAUGGCAAACGACAAGAAAUCAUAGUCCUGGACUCAAAACGCAGCAAUGCUAUAAACAUUGGCUUGACUGUCUUACCUCCUCCUCGCACCAUUAAGACCGCUAUUCUCAACUUUGAUGAGUACGCACUGAACAAGGAAGGCAUUGAGAAAAUCUUGACAAUGAUCCCCACAGAGGAAGAAAAGCAGAGGAUCCAGGAGGCUCAGCUGGUCAACCCUGAUAUCCCCCUGGGCAGUGCUGAACAGUUCCUUCUCACCCUCUCCUCCAUCACAGAGUUGUCUGCUCGCCUGCAGCUCUGGGCAUUCAAGAUGGACUAUGAGCUUAUUGAGAAGGAAGUGGCAGAGCCUCUGCAGGACCUCAAGGAAGGGAUGGACCAGUUAGAGAAAAACAAGACACUCCGCUACAUCUUGACCACAUUGUUGGCCAUUGGCAACUUCCUCAAUGGCACUAACGCUAAAGGCUUUGAGCUGAAUUACUUGGAGAAAGUCCCGGAGGUGAAGGACACGGUUCAUAAGCAGUCCCUGCUGCACCAUGCCUGCUCCAUCGUGGUGGAGAAGUUUCCAGACAGCACUGAUCUCUACUCUGAAAUAGGAGCUAUCACCCGCUUGACCAAGGUGGACUUUGACCAGCUUCAAGACAAUCUGGCCCAGAUAGAGCGAAGGUGCAAAGCAUCAUGGGAUCACCUCAAGGUCAUUGCGAAACACGAGAUGAAACCACCAUUGAAACAAAAGAUGUCAGACUUCCUCAAAGAUUGUGCAGAGAGAAUCAUUAUUCUGAAGAUUGUACAUCGAAGAAUACUCAACAGGUUUCAUGCCUUUCUGCUGUUCCUGGGCCAUCCGAUAUAUGCGGUACGUGAGGUCAGCAUUCAUCGCUUUAGCAAGAUCCUGAGUGAAUUUGCCCUGGAGUAUCGCACAACAAGAGAGCGCGUGCUACAGCAGAAACAGAAGAGGGCCAACCACCGAGAGAGGAAUAAGACCAGGGGGAAAAUGAUAACAGAUAGUGAGGAUGACGAUGAUAGUGAGAGUGGUAAAUUUGGCGGUGCCCCAUCAGACUCACAGGAGAUUCAGCCUCAGGGUAUCCAGUAUGCUGAAGAUGCAGCUGAACAUGAGAACAUGAAGGCCAUACUAAAGAGCAGCUUGCAGGGCGGAGAGAGUGCGACGUCCACGGUGCCAGGCCUCCGUACACGCACCAGAGCCAGCAGCACCAGAGGGCGCGUUACCCCAUGGUGCUCUGCCAGUGACGACCCGGUGAACUGCACAGAUGAUACAGCUGAUGAGAUCAUGGAGAGGAUUGUAAGGUCAGCCACUCAGGGGCCCAGCCAGCGGACGCAACCUCGGGAGAGGAGACGGUCCCGAGCCAACCGAAAAUCACUGAGGAGGACACUGAAGAACGGUUUGACAACAGAGGAGGCAAACGCUCUCGGCUUGUCCAGCGGUUCAGAGAUGCAGGUGUGAGCUGGACACACUGUCAGGACGUCUCGAAGCCCUUUCACUGCCCCUCCAAUGCCUACACCCAGACUGGCAACUCACUCUGGCUUUGGUACUAAAGUUCCCUCACAGCUUCGAUGAGUUGACCUCAUCUUCAUGCAUUUGGUUCACAUAGGCUUAUCACAAGUGCUUCCUGAAGAGAGUGGAUAAAAGGUUUUAUUCAUGAACUGAUGGUCAGAGAGCAGAAUUUGCUAUUGCUGGAUAAACAUCGAUGUCGUUCCCUCACAAGGUUAAAUCGCAAUCAUCCUUCGAACGUGACAUUGCUUCCAAACACCCGCGAAAAAGUGUGUUUGUCAAGGUGGAGGGCAUCAGAACAGUUGGCAGUGCAUUUGCUUCAAUCUCAGUGGCCUUGAUUGAAUCCAAAGGGCAUAAAGUGUGGUACAGACAUUCUCUGCUGCUUAGUUUUAGUGUCAGCCAUGCAGCUUUAGAGACAAAUAGAAAGAAAUGUUAUCUGUUGAAUAGAUGGCUUUGUGCAGAGGGUUAUUCUGUUAUUUACUACUGUGGUAGUUUUAUGUUUCUUUUCAUUUUGCUCAAGAAGGUGCUCGAAUAAGGAACAAUUGCACUGGAUGUAAAAGUAUGGUAUCGAUGGAGUUUGAAAUCCUUGACACUGACGAACCACUGACAUCUGAAAAUAUACUCAACAGUUUAACCAGCAAAUCAAUAGUUGCACAGUUUGUAAUGUCUAAUCAAAGUGGACACAUUCAAGCUAUAUGAACAUCAAAAGCUUUGUCAAAUGUCAGUUAGUUGACUGGAUAAGAAAUGUAGCAGAGACAUACUUUAAAGAUCACAGUCAACAGUCCAGUUAUUGUGUGCGAGGCUGGUAAUACCACUCAUUUCAUGCUAAUGCUCAUCAACAUUUUUAGCUGUGGCAUCAUGCGGCCUAUUCUCACCACUUGACUGAACAGUUUAAGGAAGGCAGGCACAGCGUUAGUGAGCAAUCUUCAGAGAUCAGUAGUUUUAUUUUCUCAGAAACUAUGAGCUGCACAUCUCAGAGUGCCUUUCAGAGACAUUUAUUUAUUAAGAUCUUUUCAGGGACAUAUAAUCAAGAAAAUGUUACGACAGAUGUGCAGUCUGUGAGGGGCGAGAGGAUAAUACUGCAGUGUACAUCAUUCAGGAGCUGUGAUUUAUUUUUAAUCCGUGUUUUUAGACUUGUUCUGGCAAAAUAAAAUGCUUUUUUCCAUGUUAUGUUUUGGAUCAAAUAGUAUGUUAUGAAGAUAGCUUUAAAGUAUUUAUGACAAUUUAGGAUUGGUAAUGCACAUAAGCUGUAUCGUGUUGCCUUACUGUAGAAUAUAGAAAUGCAUUGUUCCACUCAAGUCGAGAUCUAGGUAAAAUGUAGGAGUAAAAAAUAGACCAGGCCAAAUGAACAUGUAGUUCAACUGGCAUCACUGGAGAUCUUAGUUUGUUAUUCACAUGGCGAGGAGCUUCAUUCCCUAACUAUGAAUAAGAACGUCGGGGGUUACAUGAUAAUAAGUGAUAUGGAAAAAUAUAAUAUCACCAUUAUCUGUUUUAAAACAUGUAAAUCUGUAUUGUAGUGAACAGGACGGAGCCCACAGUUUAACUUUUGGAUUUUGUAGGUCUGUUUUCGAACUGUUGAUGAACUCAUUGUGCUAUUAAUUUGGAAUGGCCUUGGCUGUGUUUAUAAUAGUAAUUUUAGUUCAUAUAUCACGGCUAGAUACAUCUAUUCACUAGCAAAUUCACACUGUGAUGGAAAGAUGGCCAUUGAGAGAAACAAGAAUUUAAGGCAAUAUUACGAUAAAGCUACAUAAAACCACACCAGCAGUAUGUUUAUUUUGUUUUGUUCCGAAUUUACUGAAAAUGAGUCAGCACCUUAGACUAUGUGUAGCAUGCAACUCUUCUAAGAACUGAAGUUAUAGGGGAAGAGCUCAUUGUGUUUCCCAGAUUGUACUGUUUUUUUGUCAACGACAGAAUAGAUGUGUAAAGUAAUAAGGGGAAUGCUGUAAAAUGAUGUACAUGUCAUGACAAUGACAAAUGUUUCUCUGUUUGUUUGUUUUUUGCUCCAUGUGUAGAAUAGUGUGUCAUAGACUAAAAGCAGUAUUCUACAUAUAAUUUAAGCAAACCAAGCCAUGAAUGGUUGUAUGUGUCACCUCUGCUUGAUACAAAAGGAGGUUCACUUAGGUUCUCAGAGCUGUAGGGUUUGUGGUAUUAAAACUUUUUACUUCACAGACUGCAAAGUUAACAAACAUGGUGAAACACUUAUUGAUGAAAUUCACCUUUUAGUCCUUGUGGCAUCCCUUAGAAGCCUUUGAUUUUAUUGCACUCAGCAUUUUCUUCUUCUAAUUUAACAUUAGCCCACCACACAUUAGCUGCCUGUGCCAUAACAUCGCUGUGGAACUUGACACAAGUGCAUUUACAACCAAGGCUUCUAUUGUGUCUAUGCCUACUGCAAAAACACAUGUAUCAAAUAUAAUAAAAAGGCUCAUUAAAACCUAUUUUUUUGAUAUUUCUUAACAAAUGUAUAUCUUGAAAAUGAGUUUUGGAAAAAUAAGUGUCAAAUCUAACAUGUUUGGGGAAGAAAAAGCAGGACACACAAACCAUGCUUCAAUUCACUUUAUGUUCAGGAGCAUAAGAGGUCAAUGACAAGUUUACCAAACUAGAUCAUCUGGGGUUUGCACAUGGACAUCAGACAGACCUCAUUUGGUCUUGUUUACAAUUCCUAUACGUCCACAUGUGCUAUGGAUCUGUAAAAAUGUAGACACUAAAGUCACUCACAUGUGGCUGGAUUAGCCUGAAAAUUGCUGCGACUGGACAUUAGCCAGGAUCAGAUUGGGUGGUGAAGUAGCCUCAGGUACCUUAUGUAGCCUUGGGUAAAAAAAAAAAACUCACCGAAUCAUGUCAUGAAAAAAAGAAAGAAAAAAGUCAUAGCAGAUCUAAAAAAAGUCAUAAAAAAGUGAUGGUAAAGCAAAUAGUAUGUCAAUAAAGGUCAGAAGGUUAGUCUCGUAUUUUGAAAAGUAUAUUGCAAAAAGUCAAAAAAGUUACAGUAAAGAAUGGCAGCAAAAGAUAC